CCGAUCCCCCUCCUGCAAUGCCGCAGGCGGCAGGGGCCGGAGGGCCCACAGCCCGCAGAGACUUCUACUGGCUGCGCUCCUUUCUGGCCGGAGGUAUUGCUGGAUGCUGUGCCAAAACAACAGUUGCUCCAUUGGAUCGAGUAAAGGUUUUAUUACAAGCUCACAAUCGCCAUUACAAGCAUUUUGGAGUAUUUUCUGCAUUGCGUGCUGUUCCUCAAAAAGAAGGAUUCCUUGGAUUGUAUAAAGGAAAUGGUGCAAUGAUGAUUCGAAUCUUUCCCUAUGGUGCAAUCCAGUUUAUGGCAUUUGAGCAUUAUAAAACGUUAAUUACUACGAAGCUGGGAAUUUCGGGUCAUGUGCACAGAUUAAUGGCUGGAUCUAUGGCAGGUAUGACAGCAGUUAUCUGUACUUACCCUCUUGACAUGGUUAGGGUCCGCCUAGCAUUCCAGGUGAAAGGGGAACACACCUAUACAGGAAUUAUUCAUGCAUUCAAAACAAUUUAUGCACAGGAAGGUGGUUUCUUUGGAUUUUACAGAGGUCUGAUGCCUACUAUUUUAGGAAUGGCUCCAUAUGCAGGUGUUUCAUUUUUUACUUUUGGUACCUUAAAGAGUGUUGGGCUUUCCCAUGCUCCUACCCUUCUUGGCAGACCUUCGUCAGACAAUCCUAAUGUCUUAGUGUUGAAAACUCACGUAAACUUACUUUGUGGUGGUGUUGCUGGAGCAAUAGCGCAGACAAUAUCCUACCCAUUUGAUGUGACACGUCGGCGAAUGCAAUUAGGAACUGUUCUGCCAGAAUUUGAAAAGUGCCUUACCAUGCGGGAUACUAUGAAGUAUGUCUAUGGACACCAUGGAAUUCGAAAAGGACUCUAUCGUGGUUUAUCUCUUAAUUACAUUCGCUGUAUUCCCUCUCAAGCAGUUGCUUUUACAACAUAUGAACUUAUGAAGCAGGUUUUUCACCUCAACUAAAAAAAAAAAAUUAUGGUUGGUUUUCCUUAAUACAUUCUCAGAGGGAGAAAUGAAGCGUUACUUUAAUUGUUGGGGGAACAUUACUUGAAUGGGGAUAUUUACACUGUCACAGGAGCCACUGGUAUUUUAGUACUUGAUUAUUUUUUCUUUAGUCACAAAUCAGAAGUGCUUACCAUACUUUUUGAUGCCAAACAUUAUACCUUAGAACAUUGAAAAACAUAUUCCUAAGCUGAUGCUGGCUAAACCGCUUUAAAGUUUUAUUUGGAAGUAGAACUAGCUUUAAAACGGGGUUCAAGAGGUUGCCAUUAGCUUUGUCAUGCUGUUCAAAGUUUUUAAUUGUUAUCAUGGUUUUUAAAAGACUGACAGUGUUUAUUAUUAUUAAAAUAAGCAGGGUUGGUUAUAUUGCAGUAGAAUAAUGAGAACUGAAUUUUUAAGUUCUAUAAAACAGCCAGCAUUGACAUUUUAUUUUUGUUAUCUCUCUUCUCACAAUUAUGCUCCACUGGAUAAUAGGAAAAACACUUCUUUCCUUCAUUUUUUAAAUAAAAUUAAUGUUGUAUUUAAAAAGUAGCCAUGUAGAGACACAAAAAUAAAUGAAGAAGCUGGGCAUGGUAGGAUGGGCAUGUGGUCCCAGCUACUCUGGAAGCUGAGGUGAGAGGAUCACUUGAGCCCUGGAAUUCCAUGCCAGCCUGUGCAACAUCGUGAGACCCCGUUUAAUAAAUGAAUGAACGACUAAGUCUUGCUCAGUUGUUAUUACUAGGUACUAUGAGUGACUUACAUGUGUUUGAAAAUGUCAGUGUGUUUCCCAGAGGCAGAAAUAAAAAUACUGAAUAUCUUUGCUCUCAAAAACAAAGUAGCACUGUAGAUUUGUUUUUGUUAGAUGAUUCACUCUAUACUAGAAUAUUUAUUUAAGUAGACUGUGAAAUAUUUAUUAAUGUAGAUGUGAAUAUCAAAAAAUGUUUCUAAGGUAUUAUGAUGCAUCAACUAGUUCUUCCAUGUAAAAUAAUUUUAGUGCAAUAUGAAGACGUAGAAAUGUAAAAUAUGAUUUGAAUUGUUAUUCUUUAUAUUAAGAAAAUGUUUUAAAAUGUAAGAAUUCCAUUUAUUCUCUU